AAAUGCGUGCGAACUAAGAAAAUAUUUCAGCUUCCACACUUCUCUAUAUAAGUGAACCAAAGUGUGUAUCCAUGAACCAUCUACCAAUCCUCAAUUUCUACUCUGCAUUAUAUUGUUCAUGGCGAACCAGCUCAUCCUGUUCUUCCUCGGGCUCCUCGCCGGACUCGUAGCCCAUCCAUCAGUUGCACUUGCUUCGUCGCCGGAGCUCUACUGGAAAACUGCCCUCCCGAACACUCCUAUCCCUAGCUGCAUCCAUGACCUCCUUCACCCCCCUGAGACAAGCCCGGGCUUAUGGAUGUCGCCGGAGUCCGAAGAGGAAGUGGAGGUUCCUGGAGUCACCUCCAUUUACUACAACGCCGCCAACGCAGCGCAACUCCGCAAAAUGUCCUCUCGGUCUCUGUUCUUCCUCGAGAAGGACCUGUUUCCAGGAGCCACCUUCGACUUGCAAUUCAAGCGAUCCAUCCCCAAACACGCCGACCUCCUCCCUCGCCGCGUGGCCGACGCCCUCCCCUUCUCCUCCGACAAACUCCCCGACGUCCUCGCGCUUCUCUCCGUCGACCCUAACUCGAAGGACGCCCGGGAUAUGAGCGCGACCCUGGAACGGUGCGAGCGCACGGCGAAUGCAAGGGAGACGAAGCACUGUGCCACCUCCAUCGAAAGCAUGGUCGACUUCGCCGUCUCGGCUCUGGCCACCGACUAUGUCAGCGCGGUGUCGACAGUUGCGAACUCCACGGCGGCGGCGGCGAUGCAGCGGUACGCGGUGGAGGGGUUCGAAAGGAUGGGUGGGGAGGGGCUGGGCGUGUUUUGCCACCCCGAGCCGUACGCGUACGUUGUGUUCCACUGCCACGCGGUGGGGAAGGGGAUGAUGAGGGAGUACACGGUGAGCUUGAAGGGGAGCGACGGGAGCCGAGUGGAAGCGAUCGCAGUUUGUCACCUGGACACGACGUCGUGGAAUCCGCAGCACUUGAUGCUCCAGGUGCUGCAGGUGAAGCCGGGGAGCGCAGAGCCGGUGUGUCAUAUCCUGCCUAGCGACCAUGUCCUGUGGACCCCUCGCCAACAAAUGCUGUGACUGCUUGUGCCAGUCUACGUAAAAUACGUGCCCAUGUGGUCUAUGCUUUGAUGUCUUCAAUAAUGACUGCAGUAGAGAAUAGUGGCCAUGUGGUCUAUGCUUUGUUGUCUUCAAUAAUGACUGUCUUCAAUAAUGACUGAAGUAGAGAAUAGUGUCCAUGUGGUCUAUGCUUUGUUGUCUUCAAUAAUGACUGCAGUAGAGAAUAGUACUCGACUGCAGUAGUGUGGCGGGGUGUAGUGCGGGUUGAAGUGCUCGGUGUCUAUGCAUUAAUGGAUAGCUUUGCUUGCAAAUAAAUAUAUUUUACUAAA